AUGAAGGUCUUCUCUUCGACCUGUACGUUCGACUAUUCCUGGGACGAAGUCUCCACUGCGAACUGGCGCAAAUACUGCCCAUGGAACGACAAGUCCACGCAUGUCGUGGCCGUGGACACGAUAUCGCGGACGGUGGACAAGGAAACCGGCGUGCUGCGAACUGAACGUCUCAUCACAUGCAACCAGUCCGUACCGCAAUGGGUUCUCUCGCUCUUCGGCGGCAACGCCACUUCCCACGUCUAUGAGAUCUCCUACGUCGACCCCAACUCCAAGACCGUCACGAUGUGCUCUUCCAACCUCACGUGGUCGAAUGUUCUGAGCGUGCAAGAAACCGUUGUCUACCGUCCGACGCCGUCCACGCCAUCCUCGACGACGAGUUUCCACCAGGAGGCCAAGAUCACCGCGCUCUGCGGUGGAUGGCAGAAGAUUAAGAACAAGGUCGAGGAGGCGAGCGUGGAGCGCUUCAGCCAGAACGCCAAGAGGGGCAAGGAGGGAUUCGAGGCCGUCCUUGAAAUGAGCCGACGGGUGUUUGGCGAGCAGCGCGAGCGCGAAAGCGGGAAGCUGUGA